GACUUCAGGGAUUCCACGAGGCCAAGACGACAGUGCUGCUCUAGCAACCUGGCCUCUAUGGUCACCUGGAGACAGCCGUUACCAUAGAAAAACUCUGGGGGGAAGGGAAGACGUCUGUUUCUGCGCAAGCGCAUUGGGUUCGCCUCCCACGGAAGUUGGGUCCCCUCUUCAAUCAUGGCGGGCGGCGGUUCUUGCUUGGCGGAGGAGCGGAUCGGGCAAGUGGUCCUACCGGGAGAUGCGUUGCUCCUGCCCGGCCAAGCAGAGGCCGAUGGCGAACGGUUGCGCCUGGUGACCAGUAGGACCCGGGAAGGGCGGCUCGUUUGCGGGCCAGGGCUGAGAAGAGGCGGGGAAGGCCUACUGGUCACGAAAUGCGGACUGUUGCGCUAUCGCGGCCCCUCCGGACAGACGGGCGCCGGAAGUAGUUCCGGGGGAACUUAUUGGGUGGACUCUCAGCAGAGGCGGUAUGUGCCAGUCAAGGGAGAUCAUGUGAUAGGCAUAGUGACUGCCAAAGCUGGGGACAUAUUCAAGGUGGAUGUUGGAGGAAGUGAGCAAGCAUCUCUGUCCUACUUGGCUUUUGAAGGUGCAACCAAAAGGAAUAGGCCAAAUGUACAGGUGGGAGACCUUAUUUAUGGCCAGUUCAUUGUUGCUAAUAAAGACAUGGAACCGGAGCUGGUCUGUAUAGACAGCAGUGGCCGGGCAAAUGGGAUGGGAGUAAUUGGACAAGACGGCUUUUUAUUCAAGGUGUCAUUAGGCCUAAUAAGAAAACUAUUAGCUCCAGAUUGUGAAAUCAUCCAGGACUUGGGACAACUUUAUCCAUUUGAACUGGUCUUCGGAAUGAAUGGAAGAAUUUGGGUGAAAGCCAAAACAAUUCAACAGACUUUAAUUGUGGCAAAUGUCCUGGAGGUGUGUGAGCACAUGACUGCAGAACAGAGAAAACAAGCAGUCAACAAACUUUUAGAGAACUAAUGGUGUGUGGGUGGGGGUCUGACUUUUUCUAUUUUCUAUUUUAUUUUAAAGUAAUGGGAUACAAAUAUGAUUUUAUUUUUUCAUUUUUGUAUAUUUAAGAUAAUAAACAUCAUAGUUGUAAAGAU